AUGACUAUCGAUAUUCGCGAACUCAUUUCAGUUGCAGAUGUCGGCGAAGAGUUGGAGCUGGGUCCAAAUGGAGCACUCGUGUACUGCAUGGAGUUCUUGCUGAAAAAUAUCGGAUGGUUGGAGGACAAACUAGAUGCUUUCAUUGAUAACGACUACGUAGUGUUUGACUUGCCUGGUCAGAUUGAAUUGUACACUCAUUUUCCAUUCAUGAAGGACCUCCUCUCAUAUUUACAUCGAUGGGACUUUCGCGUCCAAGCUUUAUAUCUUCUUGACUCACAAUUCAUGACUGAUGGGGCCAAGUUUUUCGGUGGAUGUAUCACCGCGUUAUCUGCUAUGAUUCAGUUAGAGAUCCCACACAUCAACGUGAUGUCAAAAAUGGACCUCGCUCGAGGCGUGGACAAGCGUCAGCUCGACGAGUACAUGUACCCAGACAUUGACAAUCUGAUCCAAGAGUUGUCUCUGCACACAGGUCCGAAGUAUCUGCGACUGAAUUCAGCCAUGGGAGCUCUUCUUGAAGAGUUCAGUAUGGUCAGUUUUGUUCCACUCGACGCUUCCGACGACGACUCCAUAGCGGAUUUACUACUCAUGGUCGAUCUUGCUCUGCAAUAUGAGGAUGAGAUAGACUUCACGAACGAAAUUCCUGACGCAAUAGACGGCGAGGAUGACUAGUUGCAAUCUCAGGGGUUCCGUUUUAUCAAUUGCCCAGUUCACCAUACGGCUGAUUUUCGGAUGUCUGAUUAUGCUUUACUGUACGAUUUGAAGGAAGCGGGUCAUUUGCGCAUAUCGCUUCUUUUGGUAAGAACCGCGUUUCGGCUUGAGGAGUACAUGAACUCUACGUGAAGUUGUAUAGUUGCUACGUUGCUACAGGAGCAAGGCCAUAAUCUGCGCUAUCCAACUCUGGGUGUGGUCUCCUUAAUUAAACAUCUUUUCUU